GAUAUCCUGGUUGGCAGGACUCACGCUCGUGAGAACGAAAAUUCGAAUCCAGCCAGCCAAAAAUUCCCCCUGUAGUAAAUGGUGACUGGUGCACGCUAAAUCUAACGGGUCACAAAGUCCUCUAUGUUCCCAUAACAAAUUAUACCUCUUGGGGUACUUCAUUGGAGAUGGAUCAUUCUCUGGUUGAGGUCAAAAUUACAAUCUGUGGAUGUAUGAAUGGGUCCACCCUAUAAACGAGUGUGACAGAAGUCGAAUUCUUGGCCAUAGAUGGCGCCACAUGAAAAAAAAGAGGAAUCGUACCCCAUCUGUCUCAAUGAUCGACGACGACGACAACAACAGAGGGAGAUAACCAAUAACCCCCCUCGAACCUAUAUUAAAGCUAUGCCACUGGUACUUAAGGAGUGGUAAACUGAGUUUCUAUCAUGCGUUCUCAUUUCAAGCUCUGCACAUUUGAUAUCACCAACACUCUACUCAAAUUUCAGCUUCCAGUGGGUGAACAAUAUGCAAAAAUAGGUCGUAUUUACGGAGUCGAAAGAGAUCCAAAACUGUUAACGGCCGCUUUUCUGCACAAUUGGAAGGUCAUGAACUCAGAUCAUCCAAAUUACGGACGAAGUACCGGACUGACGUCACAGUUCUGGUGGAAAGAAAUGGUGAGGAGGGUGUUUUACGCCGAAAACUGCCAAAUAACGCACGAGCAAUUGGAUUCGAUUUCUGGUCACUUGUAUGAAAUUUACAAGACUGAAACGUGCUGGAAAGUGUUGCCUGGUGCUGCAAAGUUAUUGGAGAACCUAAAUAAAAGUGAUGCGAUUCUGGGUGUCAUCUCAAACUUUGAUGAGCGUCUAGAGUGUGUCCUAUCUUCAACUGGUUUGAAAUCCUAUUUUAGUUUUAUUCUUGCAUCAUACGUCGUACAGACUGCCAAACCUGAAAAGAAAAUCUUCGAUAUGGCUCUCGAUCAAAUUCCCGGUGUUGAAUCGUCAGACGCCAUUCACGUGGGCGAUAAUGUUAAAUUAGAUUACUUGGCGGCGAAAGCUGCUGGCUGGAAUGCAUUGCUUAUAACUAACUCUGAAGUGACGUGUGACCAUGGUAAUUUAGUGGAUCAAAAAGAUAUUGCGCACGAUGUCGAUGAGAUUGAGAAAUACAUUUUAAAUCAAUGAUUAAUGUUUUAUAUUAUGUUAUCUAUGAAUGAAUUACUAUUAGUUUUUAUUUCCAUGUCAUAAGCAAAGAAUUUUAACUCAUCUUAUAACAAUCACCAUAUAAGCAAAGAAUUUUACAUCAUCAUCAUAUAUUCUGUUAUUAUCACAAUCAUAUUAUACAUAAUUUUUUUUUACGAUUGUUUUGAUAUUUGUUUGUAAUAUUUCAAUAAAAAUAUUUUUUUAAGAAA